AGCCAGUCAGUUGGGUGGAAGGUGCUUACGGAAAAUCAUCCCCGAGAUCGUACCGGAGUUAGUCCGAGCCGAGCUUUCGUACGAGGUAUUGUGGAACCGCGUUUUCGUGUUCGCGACCUUUUUUCUGUCCCUCCCCUAUCCGAAUUCGGGGGACCUGGCAUCAGGAAUUGGAUUAUCCUUCGACGUUCGAUCGGAGAAAUCCUAGAAACGCAUCUAGGAAUUGUUCCCACAAUUGAUACAUCCGUAGAACGAAAACCUUUCAGGAUUAUCUCACUUUCUACUGGAUUCUGUGUCAAAAGGGGAGCAGCAAAGUAGCAAAAAUAAAACAAGAAACAGCUGAAUCGGUGUGGGGCCAAAAAACACAACACUUCGGCAUCCGUUUCGGUCCAGCAGAAGAGAAAAAAACCGGAGCCAUCCCCGGCUGUGUGUUUUUCCCUGGGUGUGUGAGAGUGCGAGCGUGAAUAGUGCGAAAAUCGAUUUGGCCACAGCAGUUUUUGGCAGCAGAUUCCGGAACACGGAUUUCCUGAACCGGUGCCACCGGAAACAGCGAGUGAGGAAGGAUUGCGGCAACCUCUUCUCUCGGUCCAAAACUCGCAAAACAGCGGGGUGCUAAUGUGAAUUAAUUAUGUGAAAAGUUUCGCUGCUUCUCAAAAAAAGAAAAUUUCGUUGCAAAAAUAUUUGGAUCUAGGGAAAAUUAGUGGGUGAGUGGGAUCGUCCCAUAAAAAAUUGUUAUUGUUUUUCGGGUGCGACCCAAGUUUAAUCGUCACGAAGAAGAGGAAGCUGUCAAAAUCAGCAGGAUAUCACGGAACUAAGCCUUCACGGUUGUUUUUAUUCCUGGAAGAAGAGAUUAACCAUCGUCUAAAAGUUUGCGUGACUAGAGUCAAGCAUAAGCUAAAUGAGUGUUUAACCUAACCUGUAUCCUACAUAUUUACAGAAAGUGUAUAACACUAACGCAAACGGGAAGCUUGGAAUUAGUUCAUACCUUCUAUCCUGGGGCAAUGUUUAUAGUGAUUUCAUGGUGAAUUAACUCCGUUGAAGCUACGAUGGGUUGUUGGCUUUCUUAAAACAUGAAAGAGGAUUCCUCCCUCUGCUCCUGGAGCCAUAAUGAGUGAAUGUGUUUCGCGGUAAGAAGCACGGUUGAAUGCACCUGCUUUCUCGGGGCAAAUGUGUUGCCCGUUUUAGUAACGAUAAAUCGCGAUAAUCGCCCUGAGGCGUACAAGGGCAGAUACAUGCCUGCAAACAAAGUACAUCGAAAUAGAAGCAAUUAUUCAGAGGAAUUCACACGGUGCGAUCUUUCUAAGUGAAGAACAUCUUAAAGACUCAAUUUGGAUACGUUGGUUGAUUUAUUACGCUUGGAACAUCUUGGAAGCAAAAAAGUGAAAGCUCCAAGCCAUUGCUGCCAGACUACCAAGGGAUAGUAGUCCUAGUAAUAAAACAUAUGCGACCGACACCGAGUUUGUUUCAUCAACAAGAACGUACACACAGUCACAUAGAUUCAGGCGCUGGCUCGUACUUUCUAAAUGUCCGCCUUCAUGCAUCCCAGACCAGAAUGAAUAAUUUCAGCUGAGGUCAGCAAAAUUGAGCAGCGGCGGCGUUGAAAAACAACGAAGGAAGAAAAAAAUUGGUGGAAAACUAGUGGAUUUUGUUUUUCGUUUUUUCCAGAACCUGCUCCAGACUGCAGUCAGUGGAGUGUACGACAAAAUCUGCAAGGAAUCAGCUGCCGCAAAAGCUAGCUCUAACUUGCUAUAAGCCAGUUUGAGUUUUCCCAUCGUGGUCGGGAGAAAAUUUUUUGGAGUGAAAGAAGCAAAAAAAGAGCGUCGCGAAAUCGAGUUAAAGUUUUUUCACACUGUGGUUGGGAAGUGAAAUUUUUCUGAGUGAACGAAAAAAAGUGGUGCAGAAAGCUCACAGGGAGUGUCGAGCCAAGUAAAGAGCACCACGAAAAAAAAAAGGUGAGCGCUCAUGUUCGUGUCAUAAAUUGAUGCUGUUUAGUGCUGUGGAAUUUUCAAUUUUUACGACCGUGUGCCGCAAUUUUGCUCUUGCUCUUGCACUCAUCCAAUUUUCGGGGCAACUUGUCACCUUGGGGUAUGUUUUUCUCGCUUUCGGUCAAGUGAAAAAUAAAAAAAAUGGUGGCUGAAUAUUGAAUGUUGGAAGUCGGAUGAGAAAAUCUUCGAUUUUUCGCUGAAAAUCGAGUCUUGGAAGGGCAAAUUUCCCUGGCUGUAUUCUGGUGAUUGUGGAUGUUUCCUGCUACAGUUUCCUGAUUCGAAGGGAAAGCGAAAACUUUAUGUGAAUAUAGUUAACGGAAAGGUUAAAUAUUGAUUCAACCGAAAAACGGAACCAUCAGCUGCCUGCCAAACUGGAAGCAAACUUUGCGUCUCCGACACAUUUUCGACAAUACUCCGUUUGCUCGAAACGGCGCGCCGGGAAAAAGGAACACACAAAGUAAAAGGUGAAUUACUCAACUAUGGUUACCGGAAGUAUGAAUAAAUGAAGGUGCAACUUCCGUUCGGCAGCAGCAGUUUACGACACUAUCCAGUGUGUGUAACUAGAAUCAAACUGCUCUGUUGUUGAGAUACCCGACGACGCCAUUAUCCGAGUCCAGUGAUGGAAAACCCAACCGCUGAACGAAAGUAAAUCCCCCCUUCCCCCAGGGUGGAAAGUUGCGAGUGGAAAUAUAUGGUAAUAAAACCGUGCUGCGGUACGGCUUGGAAAGUGCAUUCCCCACACGAAGAACCCGCAGCAGCAGAUAUUAAAAAGUUAGAUUUCCCCCCAUCACAGGAUUUGAACAAUGGAAAACUUGAUGGCAAUUGAUUUAAAUGGUGUAAUGAAAAUUAGCUGAAUGGCGAACAACCGAGUCCAGAGCUGCUGUUGGCCGGCACAGUAAAACUCCUGUCCCGGCUCCAGAGAGUUUGUUUCAGUGGGGGGAAAACUUUUGCCGGCCAUCGUUCAUUUCUCGGGUGUCUCCUUGUGGGGAUCUAUCUGCUGGCUCUCUGAACAUCCUGAAAUGCGAUGGCGUAAUGAUAACGUCAGUUGUCCGUUUCGGAAGGUAGUCGGAAUCUCUGGAAUGGGACUGCUCUAAUACCCUUGGUGCAGGAAACGGUGUUCUGUGUCCGUGUGAGUGUGCGCGGCAGCUGUCCGAACUAAUUUUUCCCACCGUUUUUCCGGUCGGUGAAGCGUUUGAAAUUUUUCCUUUCCCCGCAGGGAGGAAGGGAGCAACGAAAAGUGGCUCCAGAGACAGGGACAGGGUAAAUUGGAAAGUUUUGUUCGUCCCACUCGAUUAACCACCGCAUCAGUCGCGCGCUGUUCCUCAUUCCAACUUAAAAACCCAAGGGCAUUCCUGGAGGCUUCCUUAGUGGGAAGGAGACGAACAAAAAAAAUCUACCAACCAAGAAUGACAACGGCCAUAGUGAAAUAAUGUGAUAAUAUAACUGUGCUACUGCCGGUGGGAGUGUUUUUGCUAUUUACAACAACUACUGCUGGUCCCACAACUGGAUUCAAUCCUUCAGAGAAAGAGAGCGAGAAAAAAAGUUACUUCUCAAAACUAGCAGAAAACAACUGUGAAAAAUCCUGAAUUGACAAGUGCUGUUGUUGUGGGUUCGUAAAACGACAAUCCGGGACCGAGUGAAAUUCGAAAACAAGUAAAAAUAGUUUUGCUUCCGGCGACUUGAGCUACUGUCCCAGUGAAUGUGAAGAAAAAUGAAUCUAGAUUUACUCACCCACAAGCUGGCAGGGGGCGCAGCGAAUUGAAGAAAAGUGUCAAUUUUUUCCUCAAAAGUUACGCGGGAAAAAAGAGUUUUGUGGGAGAAAUUUUGUCAAGACAACUGGACCCGACGAUCGACUAUGCCUACCUACCUAAUGAUGGAGCUUAAACUGAUCAUCCUCUGCCUGCCUUCGAUACUGCUGGCCACCACACUAGAAACAGAUAACAAAUCGAUACUGACAGUCAAGCACCGGAAGCUGUGGCUGGAAACAGGCCAACUAGUGGGUGGCAGCUUAGCAGGAGGAGGACGAGGGAAUGUUGCCUCCCUGGUGCCGGCAUCGAGUGGAGGUGUAGGUGGAGGAGGCGGAGUCGUGGGAGGAAGUACAGGGUCUUCGGCCGGGAUUGUGGGCGUCAAUGGUGGAGGCCCAAGUGGCAGCGAUAUCAACAGUUUGAGCAUAAGCAGUAUAAGCGCCGGCAUCGGAAGCCCGCGGAUAGACAAUCAUCUCGAUAGCAGCGAUUCGGCGCUUCUAGACGACGGCGAGGUGAUGGCGCACAAUACGACCGUCCAGCUCGGAGGCGUUGCGUUCCUGGUCUGCAAAGUGGCCGGCGCCGACAGAGUGGGUGUACAUUGGAACCAGAUCUCCUGGAUCCGGCGCCGGGAUUGGCACAUCCUGUCCUCCGGGGCCCAGAUGUACACCAACGACGAGCGAUUUGCGAUUCUGCACACGCCCGGUUCCAACACCUGGACCCUGCAGAUCAAGUUCGUCCAGCGGAGGGAUCACGGUACCUACGAAUGUCAGGUUUCAACGCCAACCGGUGUGAUUUCACAUUUCGUGAACCUGCAAGUGGUCGUUCCGGAAGCGUUCAUACUCGGUUCCGGGGAGCUGCACGUGGAUAUGGGAUCAACAAUCAAUUUAGUUUGCAUAAUUGAGAAGAGUCCCCAACCGCCACAGUACGUGUACUGGCAGCGGAACGAUCGGAUGAUUAACUACGACGACUCGCGGAGGGACAUCUCGAUAGAAACGGUCCCGGGCCCUCGGACGCAAAGCCGGCUCAUCAUCCGGGAGCCGCAGAUCAACGAUUCCGGCAACUACACCUGCUCGGCCAGCAACACCGAGCCCGCCAGCAUAUACGUGUUCGUGUCUAAAGGUGACAACACCGCAGCAAUAUCGCGGCGGAAAACGAGCGGUGCCGGCGCCACAAUUGCCGUCACGACGCACCUCUCCUCGCUGCUUCUAGAUUGCCUGUGCGUCAUCCCCGGACUGAUAGCAUCCCUUCUCCUGACGGCCCGCUAUCAAUGGGUUUGAAGAACCCCUCGGCCUCCAUGAACCAAUAGAUUCCACUGAAAGAAAGAAAAUGAAUGAGUCAGUUGAGGGAAGGAAUAAAUACAAAUGUGUUGUGCUGUACAGCUGUUCAGACCCAUUGAGGGAUCUCUGAAGAAUCUGAAGUAGUUUUCGCGUAGCUAGUACCUAAGCAUCACUCGAUCGAGUUUUGACUCGAUCACAUCAACAGGGUUAGGAAUGAGGUUAAGUCCAAGCGAAUCUGAUCUGGAAGUUCCCUCGAGUUUUGUAAAAUAGUUACCAUGGAAGUUGGAUCAGAGCUUUGGAAGGAAGCUAAAAGAAAAUAGAAAAAGCAAAAUAGACAAUUGACGGAAAAUGGUUUUCUAUGUAAUAUAGCAUCGGAAUUUGUCUCCCAAAGGAGAUUCUCACAGACACACUCACACACAUUAGUAUUAAAUAUAAUAAAAGUAAUAAUUAAAAAUAAAAGAAGAAAAUCUUAAACACACGAACAAUUAAGGAACAAAUCGACAAAGAGACCUAACCGUUAGAUUAGAAUAAAACAAAACUAACAAAUGUAAUGAUUAUUAAAAGUCACAGAGUGAAAAUGGCAAAAACUUCACAAAAAGUCGGGUUGAGCCCCUGAAAAAAUUGCCCCGUUGAAAGAAAUGAAAAUUAAAAUUGGCUUAAAAUCAACCAUAUUUAAGUAAAAGUAUUUUUUUUUUGUCUUCAAUUUAAUUUACAAUAUUUUCAAACUUCAAAAAUUUCUUAGUCGAAGGUUAAAUAAUAAACUUUUGUCAUGAAAAAUAUUCUGGAUUAUUGCUCUUCAUUUUUUUUCCUCAAUUUGAUACAAAAAUUCAGAUGUUGAUUGAAGAGGAUUCUACAUAGUUUUGAAAUUCCUUUUUUAAUAAAAAAAAACUCUCAAUAAAAAUCGAGCAUUUCUGGAGAAGAAAAAGUGUACAGCAUUGAAAACAGAAAAUAUGUAAAUAGUUUUAUAAACUUAAAGUCAUCGAAAUCGAUCAUAAAAUAUCAACAUCAGAAUCGACCGAAUUUUUCCUGACCAAAAAUGUCCUCACUAUAAGAAAUUAAAAAAAACUCAAAAAGAAUUAAUUGUUAUGCAGAGUACUUCCAUCAUCAGAUACAUUUCCAUCAAAUCACAAAAUGUUAGCGAAUUAUCAUUCAGGAAGUUGAAUUUAUUUUAAGAAGGCGUCCCUACUCAAAAUUUUACUCAAAAAUAAACCCGGAAUUGUUGUCAGAGGAAUCCAUGUAAAAAGUAACAAGUUCAAAGAAAAAAAUACGUUUGAGUUACCUUCUGAACCAAAUAAAAAAAAGAAAAACAGGAAUUCAAACGAUCCCAAAAUUUGUUGGUAUCCCCGAAGGUAUUGUUAAUAUUAAAGCAACUAAUGGUAACACAACUUGAACAGAAUUGUGAAAUAACUUCUAUUCGAACAACUGUUUGAGGCUGUAUAAUAUAGUAAAAAUUUCACAAUAUUAGUGUAAAUCGUAAUUUGAGAAAAACAAACCAAGAAACUAGAUUAACGAAGAGAACUAAGCAAAAAAUGAUUGCACAUUCAAAUGCAAAACUUGUCUGAGAUGAGCAUUCGAAGGUUGGUUGAAGUUAAAAAAAAAAGUAAUAGUGAAAAGGUUAUGAAAGCAAAAUCAACCCAACAGUACCAGUCAAUAGAAAAUGUGGUUUAACGAUGAUUGAGUUUAGAUUAAAGAAUAUAAAAACUAACGAAAAAAAAUCAAUGAAGAUUUAAAAUAAAGUCUAGUUAAAAUAUAUAAAAACCGAAAAUCGAUUGGAAUGGAACUUAGCGAAUGCGCAUAUAUGGACCUAUUGACCUGAAAGGAUUGAGUGCGAGCAAAAAAGAGGUAGAGAAAGGUAUUUACUGUUUCCGUUUUCUGUUAAAAACAAAUUAAGAAAUCCAAUCUGUGCCAUUUGGCAUACACAAUAGUAAAAUUGAAACACGAGCUGGAAUUGUAAGGGAGAAAGAAUAAAACUUAGGCAAGCAUCUGAAUUUAGAUUGAUCGAUUAGAAUGGAAUUGAAGAGAAAAAAAAUGGUAGCUUUGGAAGCUGAACGAAAUUGUGAACACUCACAAAUCCAAACAAAACCACACACACCCAAAAACACAAACACACACAAUCUAAUGGUAGUUGACGAUGCGAACCUCCCUAAAUUUCCCAAAGAAUGCAGAGAGUAAGCACGGAAGCAAGUGUAAGAGGUCACAAGAAAUGAGAAAAUAGAACAAAAAAAAUGAAAAAAAAACUUCAAGUCACACAACAAAACAGAGAGCAUCUAGACACUGAUUAAGAAUUAAGAAACAGAGAGAUGAAAAAAAAGAUAAAUAAAUUAC